CGGAGCGCUGCGCGUCCCAUGCCGGGCGUCGCGGUGCGUGUUUCUAGCUGGCGACGGUUUUAAAGCGCCUCGCUUCCCCUCCCCCACCGGGCCUUUUCGCAGGAUGGAUGCCCGGGCGCGUGCCAAGCGCUACGAAAAGCUGGACUUCCUGGGCGAAGGGCAGUUUGCUACAGUUUAUAAAGCAAGAGACAAGAAUACAAAUCAAAUUGUUGCUAUUAAAAAGAUCAAACUUGGGCAUAGAUCAGAAGCUAAAGAUGGUAUCAAUAGAACAGCCCUUCGAGAAAUAAAACUGCUUCAGGAGCUUAGCCAUCCAAAUAUUAUUGGGCUGCUUGAUGCAUUUGGUCACAAAUCCAACAUUAGUCUAGUGUUUGACUUCAUGGAAACAGAUCUAGAGGUGAUAAUAAAGGACACUAGUAUUGUGUUGACACCUUCUCACAUUAAAGCAUACCUGUUGAUGACACUUCAGGGUUUAGAGUAUUUACAUGAACACUGGAUUCUUCAUAGGGAUCUUAAGCCAAACAAUUUGCUGCUAGAUGAAAAUGGAGUUUUGAAGCUGGCUGACUUUGGUUUGGCAAAGUCUUUUGGAAGUCCAAACAGAGUUUACACACACCAAGUAGUAACAAGGUGGUAUCGUGCUCCUGAGCUUCUGUUUGGUGCUAGAAUGUAUGGCGUAGGAGUGGAUAUGUGGGCAGUGGGCUGCAUAUUGGCUGAGUUGCUUCUAAGGGUUCCAUUUCUGCCAGGAGACUCUGACCUCGAUCAGCUCACAAAGAUAUUUGAAACCUUGGGUACUCCAACAGAGGAGCAGUGGCCUGGUAUGACCAAUCUUCCUGAUUAUGUGACUUUUAAAAGUUUUCCUGGGAUGCUGCUUCAUCACAUCUUCAGUGCUGCUGGCAAUGAUUUGCUCGAACUGUUACAAAGCUUAUUUAUAUUUAAUCCUUCAACCAGAGUUACAGCUACUCAGGCACUGAAACAUAAUUAUUUUAGUAAUCGACCAGCACCGACUCCUGGAAACCAGUUGCCAAGACCCAAUUGCCCCGCAGAAGCCUUGAAAGAACAGCAAAAUCCAAUUCAAAAUCUGAAGAGGAAAAGAGUGGAUGGCAAAGAUCAAGGAUUACCCAAAAAAUUGGUGUUUUGACAAAUAUGGAAAUGGGGAUAAUUUCUGCUGCUGUGAAGUCUGAAAAGACCAAAUGUGAGAACUCAAAUCAGCUGAAUAUGGAUGAAAACUAAAUGUGUAAAUGUAUAUAAAAUGUAUGUAGUAUUCUGACUUUAAAACCAUGUAUUUUUAUUACAGCUUUAAAAAAAGGAAAA